AGCGAAUCGUCCAGACGAAGUCCCAGGGACCCUGGUACCGAUGAGGAGGACCACAAAGACUCUAGACGGUCCUCCCACCGGAGAAGGAAGAAACACUCUGCAAGUGAUGAGGAUAGAGACGAAGAAAGGCCACGUCGAAGGGAAAGAACACGGUAUAGGUCACCAAAGCGAAGUAAAGAUAGAACAAAGGAAGAUGACACGAGUGUACAAGGGGAAUCUCUCGACAAGUCCAAGCGUCAUCGUACCUAUGAAGAAAAGGCCGAGUUAUCUCAUUCCAAACUCUCUGAAAGGCGUCCAAGAGACAGAGAGAACGACGCAGGGGUCGACACCCCCCCACAAGAAGCCUCCACCUCUCGUCGACCACAGCAUCGACAGAAUGAGAAAAAGCUACCUUCAAAAGACGACCGUUCUCGAUUAUUGGAUGAGGAUGUUGACGACAAGAUAUCAGAUAUUCUAGAAGACGGCGCUCCGGCCUACUCAUCAAAGAUGGAUAAAUAUUUUUCCAAGGACUACGACCCGCGUCUGGAUGUAUCUUCUGCGCUUUCAGCAACAGAUGGAUUCAUACCUCCUGGCGCAUUUGACAAUUGGGACUAUAUGCUACAAGUUGUCCGGCAACGACGAGAAGAGAAGGAAGAAAAGAAGCGUUUAGAGAAGCUAUAUGGAUCUGAUUCCUCAUCAAAGAAGAAGAAGGCAAAGAGCACUAAUGAGAAUAUGGUCAGCGGAGAGAUGGCCGAAUUAUUGAGCAUGCAAUAUACUAAACGAGGAGCUGUCAGGGAAUGGGAUGAGGGAAAAAAAUGA